AUGAUUAAAGAUAUUAUAUCAGCUUUAAUCGUGCUUACUGCUUAUAACUUAUACAAGGAUAUUUCCCUAUGGGCUAUGCUUAGGAGUGCUGUGGUUGAUGUAAUGAGUGUUACCACAUAUAUAGUAAUGGGAUCGAUUCUCUCAAAGAUCGUACCUCAUGCUGAGCUUGGUCAAGGAUCAGCAAUAAUGGCAGUCAUUGAAAUAAUAGUGCCUGUUGUGUACAAACCUUUGUACAGUGCAAUAUACAGAGCGACUCUGACCACGUUUCCGGAAACAUUUUACGUGAUAUGUUCAAUAAUGCUCACACCAGCCACAUUUGUAUAUUGGUGGAUGUAUCAUAUAAAUAACCAGGAAGAUAAGAAAACAGGUACUGUUGAAGAAAUUAAAUCAAAUGAUAAUCUUUCCUUUGAAAAUAAUUGA